GUUAAUAAAAUAAAGAAUGUUUUUUUCACCAAUUUUCAGCAUGUUCAGUAGAACAAUUUAUUUUCACAUCCCUUCUGAAACAUUUGUUUGUAUUUAAUGUAUUUAAUAAUGAGGGUAGGAAUUCCCUUUACCCUCAAGCGUCAAACGGCUAUUUUUGGCUACCGUUAGCGUCAAAUUGGUUAAAAUUUUAUUGUGAUUCGUCAAAAUCUCCUUAUCGUGAUUUUCACUGGUCUCAAGACUCAAACAAUCAUCUGUUACCGUUAUUUUUGGAAAGAAUUUAACGUGAUUCGUCAAAGUCAGUCUAUUUUAUUAAUAUCGUCAUAAAAAAAAAAAAAAAUGUACAUUUUAUCAAAAUGCACCAAAAAUUAUCGUUAAUGUCAUUUGUCAAGAUAUUAUCAUGAUUAUCCGUUAUUCGUCUUGAAGGUGUCACCCCCAUUUACGACCCUCAUUUAUGGUAAUCCAAAUUUAGCUAGCUUGCAAAAGAUGAAAUUAUAGACCUUAUUGGCACUUGACCAAAGAUUAUGUGACCAUCAAUUAACUAUCAACCUUUCUUCAACAAUUCCUUUUGCAUUGUGGCGUUGGACAUUUUCUUUUGUGACUUCAAAAUUUUACGGAAAUGUUUAUGAUGUCCAGUAAUGGCGACUUAUAGAGAAAAAGUGUUUACACCAAUCUUGAUUUGUUUUAUAUGAAUGAGUUAUGCCGGUUGACCAUCAUGGAUCAAGACACAGCUCAGACCUUGUUCAGAGAAGGUGCCAUUUUUGUAUUUCUUGAUGUGCCAGUUGGAACAGAAUUUGGUAUUGAUUAUAAUUCAUGGAAUGUUGGACCAGAAUUCCGAGGAGUGAAAAUGAUUCCUGCAGGUCUUCAUUUUGUAUAUUAUAGUGCUUGUAAUAAGGAAGGCCAAGCAGCACCUAGAACUGGAUUUUUCUAUAAUUUCAGAAAGAAAGAAAUUGUUGUUCGCAAAUGGAACAAAUUGUUAGAAGAUAUUGAUCCUGAUAUUGAUGUUAGAGGAGAUGUACUUCAGAAAUUUCAUGACAAUAAAGAGGAAAUGGACAGAUACUUAGGAGCUUAUCCAUAUGAAAAUUUCAAAAAAUGGGUAUCUCUCUCCAGCUGCAUGAGCGAAACUUUAGUGGAAAGGCUUCAACCGGAGAAUGGGAAAAUUUUAAGUGUUUCAGAAUUCAUAUCAGAAAGUAGUAACACUGCAAGCCGUAAAAAAGCAAAUGAUGAUCUGCCAGAUAAGUCAUCUAUAGAACCAACAUCUGCAAGAGAAGCAGAAUCACAACUACCACAAAUGAAGGUACAGCCGGGAACAUUUAUCAGGUUUACAGAAUUACCAAAGAGGAGGUAUCCAGAUGGGAGUACUCCAGCAGAAAUUACAAAAUGUAGCAUGGAUUCAACCUACAUAUUAGAAACUCUAUUAAAAGAAAAUUAUAACUCCAUAGAAAAAGAUUUACUUGGAGAAGUACAGUUUUCUUUUAUCUGCUUUUUGAUUGGACAAGUCUUUGAUGGAUUCGACCAAUGGAAAAAAUUGGUACAUUUGCUGUGUAGCAGUGAAUCUGCAUUAACUAAUCAUACUCAACUCUUUUUGGAUUUUGUUGGUGUACUUUAUUUUCAAGUUCAUGAAAUCCCAGAAGAUUUCUUUGUUGAUAUUGUAUCACAGAGUAAUUUUCUGACGACGACUUUACAAGAAUUCUUUUCUAAUGUAGAAUGUAGUUCUGCUGAUCAGAGCCUGAAAAGAAAAGGCAGAAAAUUCAAAGAACAUUUGACCAGUAAAUUUAGAUGGGACUUUGAUUCUGAGCCAGAUGAAUAUGCACCUGUUGUUGUGGACACAAAUUAAUAUUAAAAUCUAAUCAGUAUAAAAUUGUAGUGUUUAAAUGUUUAUGGGAUAUACUUGAGUCACAGCAUCAAAAUAAUAUAGCUUUAGGUGUCAGACCACUAAUUCACUCACUCUAAAGACUUUAAGCAUUAGUGUAAAUUCAGAAAUUAUUGCAAAUAAUGUGACUGGGUGAGAAUCGCAAUAAGAACAACUCACAUUCUUAUAUCUGACAGAUAUAUCUGUAUGCAUCUUUUCCACAAAUCGCAAUAAUUAAUCUCGCAGUAUAUUAUAAUUCCUGAUGUACAUGUUUUUGUUAAACUUAAGCUAAAAUAUUUAGAGAGCUGUAAACAUUAAAAAAUUUUGUUUACUAUAUAGGGAUUUUGAAUUGAUGGUCGACCAUUGGUGGAAAAAGCAGUGAAAAGAAAAUAAAUUCAGAAAACAAUUGAUAUUUCAUUUUAACUUGUGGCUUUUGAUUUGGUUUUUUUUUACCGAUUUUGGUGGUUUUUUUUGUUAGGAAACUAUAGUAGAUAGAGGGAAACUGUAAAGAAGCAAAAUUAUUAAAAAAAUAGAUCUACAAAUAAAUCAGCAUGACCUAAAUCAUCAAUUGACUCAUUAGAGGAGAAUGCUUUUGAAAAUGAUUUUCUUAUUUUUUUUCAUUUUUGCCAGAAACUUUGAUGUAUUCUUUUUGCAUUGUAUUAACUUUUUGAAAAAAAAUGCCAAUUGAGCAAUGUAGACGCCUUUGAGCCUCUAGUUAUCUUGCUGGCGACAAAAGUUGCGGAAAGCGACACAUAGGGAUUGCUUAUCCGGUGACGAUGAUGACAUUGUAGUAGGCGUCAACAAUUGUUAAGUUUUCUGCUUAAGUUAGUUUGGUAGGAACUACUUGUGACAGAUCAAUGAUAUUUUAUUUGAAGUUGCAUUACUAUCAGUACAUAUCAUUUUGAUUACUAUUUUGAGGCCUUGUCCUCUAGGUCAUGGUCCAAUGACCUUGAAUUAGUUUGCAAUUUUCAAUGUCAAUUUUCUGCUGAUGUUAGUUUGAUAGGAACUACUUGUGAAAGAUCAAUGAAAUUUUGUAUGAAGCGACUUUACUAUCAGUAAAUUCAGUUUGACGACUAUUUUGAGGCCCUACCCCCCAGGUCAUGGUCCAGUGGCUAUGAAUUAAUUAGCAAUUUUCAAUGUUAAGUUUUCUGCUUAAGUUAGUUUGAUAAGAACUACUUGUGAUAGAUCAAGGAUAUUUUGUAUGAAGUUGCAUUACUAUCAGUACAUAUCAGUUUGACGACUGUUUUUAGGCCCUACCUCUAGGUCACAGUGACUUCCAAUUAAUUGCAAAUUUUCAAUGUUAAGUUUUCUGCUUUAGUUAGUUUGAUAGGAAUUACUUACAGUAGACAAUUAUAUUUUCUUUUAAGUUGCAUUACUGUCUGUACAUCUCAUUUCGAGGCCCUGCCCACUAGUUCAUGGUCCAGCAACUUUAAAUUAAUUAGCAAUGUUGCUGUCCAUCUGAUUGUCUUUUUCUGAAUUUUAUGCCGACAGGCAAGACACUGUUUUCACUUCCUUCAAUGUUUUACUUCCUGUUUUCCCAAAACAUAUCUUUAAAUGUCAUCCAUGAAUAUGCCAUUUUCAAUGACAUUUUUCUCAACCACUACAAGCUUCUGAUAUAUGGCAUCAAGUGUAAAAUUUGUGUAAGUUUUUACUGCAAAAAUAGAGUCAACAAAACUGAGGAGGGUAUUUCUGUCAUUGCUAAAGAAAUGCAACCUUUCCACAGAAUCCGUUUCUCUGUCAAGGUAUUUAAAUUUUGCAAGUUCACCUGUCCAAUUGUAUAAAUACAAUAGCUAUUGUAAUAAUGUAUGUGAGAGUAUAUUCAAUGUGAACUUUAAAUUUCUCCUUGAAAAGCCAAUCAUUCUUUGAUUAUUAAAUUUAGCUGAACAAAAAAAUUAACUCCCAGUGAUGAAAAUACAUUGAGUGUCUCAAUUUUUAAUGGCAAGCUGUGUCAAUGCCAUAGAUUCUAAAGAGGUGCACAGUAGCAUUACAUAUUUAAGAUUGUAAAAAGGUUCAAUAAAUAGUAAUAAGGGUGUGGAGGUGUUGUGGAUACAAAAUGGGUACACCCAAAUGUGUAUGAUAUGACUUAAGUCCUUGUCAUUCCAAAGUAAACCCCAAAAAUCAAACAGAUGAAGAAAUAAAAUAGGAUGUGCAAAAGUAAAUCGUGAGUAAGAUUCUGUGAAAGUGCCACAUAAUUAUGUCCAGCAGAUCAGGAGCACUUAGGGAUACAAUAGUGGGACAGAAGGACCAAUGAAUGGAUGACAGACAGACAGACUCUCCCAUCACAAUAUAACCAGGUUUAGAAUGUGGGGUAUAAUAAAUGAAGCAAAAAGAAUAUGUAUGUCAAUGAGACCUUCUUUUGGUAUGAGUCUGUUCUACACCCCUUGUUUCGUAAGAUUAUGGAUUCCUUAAAUCUGACCAAACAAUGUAUACAUGGCUGUAGGUUCAUUACUUGUACACAGAUAUUCAGACGGUACUUCGAUAGCUCUCCUUCAACAUUGUUGAGUCAAACUAAAAAUAAACAUGUGUAGUAUUAAUAUAUUUUAUUUUUAAGAUAUAAUAGUAUGACCUUGAACUAAGGUCAUACUUUUCAUGAUUUAAUAUAUUAACAAAAUGUAUCACAUGUAGCAUAAAGGUUAAAGAAUGGCUGAAAUUAUGGACAAAAAUAUGCAGACUUUAAGACAUAAAGUCCUAACUUCAGAAAUAAAUGAUAAUAUAUAUAAUAUGAUAUUUCAAUCAUAAAAUGAAUAAGAUAAAUAAUCAUGAUAAAAAAAGCAAUAUUUGAAAACAAUGUUAUUUGAGAGAAAAGAUGUGGAAUACUGAAUUUAAAAUAUGCAUUAGAAUGGAUAGGACUUUUAUUGCUGUUCUAUUUGGCUGCUGUUGUAGGUUUGAGUUAAUUUUAUUAUAUCUUGCAGCAAAAUGUCAAAGGCCCUUGGCAUCCUUUAAAUAAAAUAGAUAUUUGUUGAUUAAUGGC